AGGUCCAAAACGUUUACAGUAAAACCGUCUGGAAAGAGGUGAAAACAAAACCCUAAGAAAAGAAAUAUGGCGGCAUGAUUUUCCCUCCCAAUUCAAAACCCUUCCUUGUAGACUCUGCUUCUCUCCUCCUCCUCGGUGGUAUCUUCCUCCUCAGUUUCCUCUACUUCACCAAACUCCGUAGCUUCUUCCUCAGAAAAUUCGAUCUAGGUUUGUUGUUGAUGGCGGAAUCGUCGCCGAUAAUCGAAACCCUAGACGAAGACGAGUCUUCACCCACCGCUCCGAUUCGAGCCCUUGUUUCUCAAUCGCUCACUCUUUCGUCCCCAAUCCCUCAGAUUCAGGACCAGUCUCCUCCUCAGAUCCAAACCCUAGAUGAAUCCCCCUCUUCGUCGGCUGAAGAGAUCGAGUGCGGAGACCUUCAGAUGAUGCCAACGGCUCAGAUUUCACCUGACAGCAGCAACAGAAUCGGCUCGUGUAAUCGUCGUCCACCAAAGAGACACAUGCGGUAUUUUGACUAUAGUAGUGACGAUGACGAUGAUCUCAACGACAAAAUCUUCCGAUUCAGGAGCGCUCCACACUCUGUCUAUGGAGACUUGUAUAAUCACCCUUCAAGGAGGAGAUACAUGCCGAAUUUCGACUAUAAUAGCGACGAUGAUCUCAAGAUGGAGCUCCCAAAACCUAUUGAUAUCUUCUCAUGCUCGUCUCCUAAGAACAAACCCACUGGCGUUGGUGCUGGAUUGAAUAAUUCAGGGAACACUUGUUUCAUAGCUUCCGUGUUACAGUGCCUUACUCACACUGUUCCUCUUCUCGCUAGCCUUCGCUCUUACAAAUAUCACUGCCCUUGCAACUGUGGCAAUGAGAGUUUCUGUGUUCUGCGCUCUCUCCGAUAUCAUAUUGAGCAUGCUCUGAGGUCUUCAGGAUUUGAUAUAAUGAUUGAUCGGUUUCGUGAUAACCUUUAUUAUUUCUCAUCCGACUUCCAGAUAAACCACCAAGAAGACGCUCAUGAGUUUCUACAGUCGUUUCUGGAUAAGCUAGAGAAAUGUUGUUUGGAUCGUAGCCGUAGAGAUAACCCUCCCUCUGUCUCUUCUCAAGAUGUUAACAUUGUUGACCAUGUCUUUGGUGGGCGUCUUGUUAGUAAGCUUCGUUGCUGCAACUGCAAUUCCGUUUCAGAAACAUUUGAAACGUCCCCUGGAUGGAGUCUUGAAAUUGAAGAUGCGGAAGAUCUUUCUAGUGCUCUAGAGUCUUUUACAUGUGUUGAAAAACUCGAGGACCAGUUUACCUGUGAUGACUGUAAAGAAAAAGUUUCAAAGGAGAAGCAACUUAAGUUCGAUCAGCUGCCUCUUGUUGCUACGUUUCAUUUGAAGAGGUUUAAGAACAAUGGAGUUUAUAUGCAGAAGAUCAACAAAGAUGUCAAGUUCCCUUUGGAGUUGGACUUGCUCCCUUACAUGAGCAGUAACGAAAAUCCUGAAGUUUCCACUAAAUACCAUCUCUAUGCCAUGGUGGAGCAUCUUGGGAGUGGUACAUAUUUUGGUCAUUACUCAGCAUAUGUGAGAUCAGCUCCUGAGACAUGGCAUCAUUUUGAUGACGAAAAGGUCAGGAGAAUCAGCGAAGAAUGGGUUCUAUCAAAGAGUGCGUAUAUGUUAUUCUAUGCAAGAGAAGGAACUCCUUGUUUCGCUAGUGCGUUUGAAGAGCUGAAGACACUAUUUGAAGCCACUCCGAUUAAUUUCUCGCCCAAGUCGGUGCUAGAGACUACUACUACCUGUAGCGAGGAGUGUGUAAGCGACCUUAGUUACCAGACGGUCUCUGAUUCCAGCAACGCCUGUAACGGCUCGGUGGGAGUUUCAAUCCCGUGUGGAAACUCAUCAGAUUACCAUUGUGAUGAGGCACAAGAUGAAGUGUUUCAUUCGGCAGAAUCUAACAGUGGUGACGAAUAUUUUGCGUUUGACUCACCGAAGGCUGAUGACUCUGAGAAACCAUUUGCUGCGACCUUUCACCAAGAGGAGCGUCCUUUGUAUCCAGAUGGCAACAGAGCUACCACCGAUGACGCGUAUGUGCCUGUGCUCAAGAUUCAAGAGCAAGUCUCGUCUCCAAAACGUAAAGCUGCCGAGAGAGCUAUCAUUGGUGAAGAAGCUUUUCUGACUAAGCGCAAGAUGCAAAAGCGGAAUCCGUUUUCGAAACGCCAAGGAAAAACAUUUCAGAUUCGACGUGAGCAUCUGCAAAAUAAGAAGAAGAGGGAAGAAACUUGUAUAACAAAUCCUUUUAGAAUCAUUGUUGCUGCUGCUUCAGAUCCUAAGGAGAAAAACCAUGCUGUUUCAUAUCUCAGGAGUAGGCCUUGUUCAUCUCGGUCUCGAUUGCUUGUUGCAGCUUUGGGUGUUAACGUCAAGAAGAAGAAAGUCUCUAACAUCAGAAGAUCUAGUCUUCACAGGAAUCUCUCUGAACGGCAAUGAAAAUGAAAGCUUGGGAUUAACUUUCUUUAUUUGUUAUGACGGUUUAGAUUAUAUAAUUAUAUUAGAUCAAAUUUUGUAAAGUUCUAAUCAAAGUUCUUAUAUAAAUUA